UCGGAUCGCUCUUCCGAUGCUGAUGCUUGCUUCUAGCAGAGAGAGCUCGCGGGCCCUGUGCUAGUGGUGCAAGUUUUGCCAUGACAGCAGUGAUAUGAGAGAAAAGCUAGCUGAGUGAGCGAAAGAGCGUGAGCGUUUAAUUUGGAGAUUUCUGAGCUGAAGCUGUAGGCGGUUGAGUUGGAAAGCGUCGAAAUAGUUUUAAGUUAGGGGGAGUAAUUGCCGUGUUGGACUGUUGUCGGAGUGUGAGGUGCAUCAGGGUUAAAGGUUUUGAGAUAUUUAUGAGUUGCGCGUUUAAAAAGAAGAGUCUAGCGCUCGUCGUGUGUGGAGGAGAAGGUGGUUGUGUUUGAAUCAUAGUACAGGAAUGGUUCGGCUAGUGACGAAAUACCUGUAUCGAUUUCAGCGAACGUCGCAUGAGCAUUGGAAUGUGUGGAUGAGUUUGCACUCUAGUUAUUGGAAUUCCGAAAGUUGUAGUAGUGGGAAAGACUGGUGUGCUACUUGUGCGAAUGCUCACUUUGGAUGUUUGUCGAUUUGAUUGCGGAAGCUAGCAUCUAGCUUUUUAAACAGGUAUGCAUGAGGCUGGUAAUUGGCAAUUCCGUCUCUUCAUGAAACGAGCCGGCGAAGAGAUUCAUCAUCAAUUCGGUUGAUUGGCUGAUUGAUUCUUCUUUAGGUUGGUUUGUGAGAACAAGGCGAGCCGUUCACAGGAUGGAGGUGACUGUGGGCGGUGCACACCGUCUUUUAGAUUCACAGAUUAGUUUCGUUUCGAAGGCGGUGACUAUGGCGCCAAUUAGUUCAGCGAACCAUGUGAAUGCCUCGGGCACAGGGUAUAUGGAGCCAGUAACCCUCGUCAAGUUUAACCCAGCUUUUGCGGCUUUACUUAUAGCCAUGAUUGCAUCCAUCUUCCUCGUCGGUUUCCUCAUGGGCCUCCUCAAACGGUGCAUUCCACCUUCCGAGGCAGACGAUGACAACUCUCUCACUCGACGUCGCUUUCCCGAUAGAUCUGCUCGCCAAGCAUCGAAAUCGCAGCGUGGACUUGACCCUGAGAUUGUCCAAGCUUUGCCCCUCAUACACUACAAGGACUUACCAACUGACCAGAAGGUGAAGAAGUGCGAUGAUUGCUUGAUUUGCUUGGCGCCAUUCGACUCUGGCGAUCUCUUGAGGUUGCUGCCUGAAUGCUCUCAUGCGUUCCACUCGGAUUGUAUUGGUGCGUGGUUUCAGUCACACAGCACGUGUCCCCUCUGUCGCGCAUGUCUGGCUCAUCCGGCCGAGGAAGAAAGCAGGCAAGAUCAAGACGGAGAUCACAGCGUGAAUGACGAACAAGAAGGCACUCGUGAAUCGGGAGAUAUUGACAUCGUUGAGCUGGAAAAUAGGAGAAGUUCCGAGCGUGAUGCGAGUGGUGUCAAUACCACUAUUUCUGAAGUAGAGCGAGUCACUGGAGCACGAGCGGGGAGCAUGCCUGCAGGCGAAGAAGAGGGGCAUCACAGGGCACCCCUCCUCAGCAACUUGGUUGGCUCUUUUACACCUGCUGUGCGAUUGGUUGUUGUUCCUGAGAAAUUCGCUUCAUUAGCGUCAAUACGUCGCUCGAGCUCUACGGGAACCGACCUCCUCCAGGUCCCGAAACCCAGCUACAUCGUCGACAGCGAGGGUACUCAGCACAACAGAAAGCUUUUCCAGUCGUAUUCAACGGAUUCCCUCCCGAAGCACCAACUCGAUCUGAAUGGCUCUCCUUCGACAUCCACUAGUCUUGAGGAUCUAUGGAGCACCGCGGAUCUGGAGGCCGGAGCUUCUAGUGCAACCCACCUCAUUACGAAUGGAGAGAUUUCAACAAAACCCUCCGGAAACUGGAGUACCAGAUGGAAGUUCCGAAAUCUGAGAUAUGUCUAGCAAGUUGGAUACCGACAAAUCCACGAAGCCCUUGGAGGAUCAAACCUCACCAUGACCUCGACAUGUGACGUCGGGGAUUAGCUCUGUGAACGACGAAAUCUGAGCUCCGCUGACGGAGGUCAAGACACAACCCAGUAAUCAGCUUUAAGACCAACGCUUCUCUCGCUGUCCACGUCCUACCGUAUAGAAAGAAACCCCAUUUCUGUCGUCGAUAUUUUACUGCACAUAACUUUAGAAUUCAGCCUUGAUCAGCGGAAUCUCUCCAUCAUCGAUCACGAUCACUGGCGACGCUUUAGUGACAAUGUCCAUCGCAACCAAUCAGAGAUUGAUGUAUAAUACCGAAGAGUGUAGAGAAGCAAGCAGAAGUGUGGAUAUCACCAGUUCAUGUGUCUUGUUGCGAUUGCCCGCUACAGGGCGUUGGAAACUUGGUUCUUCUCGACUUGAAUCCCAUGGAUUUGCUGCAUGCAACGCAGUGAGCAACUGUGAUUUGAACUGUGCUCCUUGCAUGGAGACCACGUUACAACUUCGAAGCUAGAAAGCCCUGUUGUCGGAACAGUUGCACCACCUUCAGAUUGCGAUGAGGUCCUUCAUGUAGAGUGGACAGCUUUCAGCUCUCCAGUUUGGUCUCUGGUGUGAAGACCUGUUAAAUUAGCAAUUUGUUUCUUGCUGUGAGUGAUGCCCACUGUACCAUGCAAAUUAGAGCCAUGUUUCCUGUCGGUGUAUAUGAGUUUGUAAAAUGUUCGAAAAUGUUGGUAUAUUGUGAUAUGCCUUCUAAUAAAUAAGUAGAUAGAUUUAAUAGAGUUGAAAUUC